AUGCAGACCGGACACGGCCGCAAAUGGUAUCAAAUCAAGACCGAAGGUCUCUUGAGAAAACUUCCUGGCAGAAGUUACAAGUCAGUCAAAAGUAAACUGCAGAGGCUCAGGGCUGUUGAGAAGAAAAUCGGAAACAGUGCAAGAAAUGUUUUUGAACCUCCACGCCGACGCUCAAGAUCUCGUGAUGUCCACAGCGGUAACAUUGACAAUAUCGAUCAUACCGAUUCUUCGGGGACCAAAAAAGUCGGUAGCAACAAAAAGACCGAUGAUGUUCAAAGAUACUCUCCUCAACGAGCAAAUAGACGAUUGGAUGGAGUUUCCCAAAAGGAGUACAGUCUCUCAAGAAGAUUUUUUUAUUUGAGGGGCUACCCAGCUUCUGAUUCAUUAAGGUAG